AUGGGUUUUGCACUUGCUCACCGUUUAUUCUUAUGCGGCUUUACUGUAGUAAUGGGUAGUCGUUGUCCAGACAAGCGAAACGAUACACAAUUAGAAAUAGUCUCUAUUGUCGAAUGUAUUCGUCGUUCGCCUAUUAUCUUCGUUGCCAUUCAUCCAGAACACUAUAUCGAUUCUCUUGUAUCGCAUUUCGAUCAUGAGCCAUCAUUAUUUGACGGGAAAAUUCUUAUUGAUAUAUCAAAUCAAACUUGUGAAGAAUCACAUCUGAACGAUUCUUCCAAUGCGGAACGACUUCAAACAGCAAUAUCCAAUGCCUUUGUUGUCAAAGCAUUCAAUACUAUCUCAUCAUUUGCCAUGCAAAGUACAACAACAGGUGAAUCAUGCAAAGUCUUUGUUGCUAGUGAUCAUUCAAUAAUGAAAAAUAAAGUAAUAACACUCGCACGUGAAAUGAAUUUUGAUUCAUUCAAUGCGGGUUCGAUUCGAGUAGCACGUCAUCUAGAACGUAAUACUAAAUCUCUGUUCCCUCAAUGGCAAAUUCCUAUCGUUAUCACACUUGUCAUUAUAUCAAUCUGGCUUACUUACACGCUCUGCAUGAGUUUUAUUAGUACACGUACAACUUCAUGGAAUCAACUCUUUUUACACGUGGCUAAUGAAACAUUAUGUUCAAGUGCCAUCACAAUGCUAGCUAUUGUCUACAUGUCCUCGAAUCUUGCGUGUAUAUUUCAAUUGGUCAAUGGAACUCGAGAACGACGAUUUCCAAUGUGGUUGGAUCGAUGGCUAUUAAGCAGAAAACAACUCGGUAUAUUGACAUUUGCUCUAGCUCUUUCUCACUCUAUUAUGACACUUAUUCUUAUAACACCUGCGUAUUACUCUUCAUGGUUUCAUCCUGUUGAAGUCAUGGUUUCGACUGUUCACAAUCAGACACGAAUCGUCGUAGUGGCUAGUCUCAUGACUGCAAAAGGCGAAUUGGCAUCUCUAUUAGGUAUUUUAACUCAACUUUGCAUGUCUAUUUUGGCUAUAACGAGUAUUCCUGCGAUUGGUAAUCUAUUGAAUUGGCGAGAAUGGCGCUUUGUACAAUCAAAACUUGGUACCAUGACGUUAUUACUUGCUAUUGGACAUGUCGUUGCAAUGGUUAUGCCAUACUGGAUACGAAAUUUUCGAAAUUUACAUUUAAAUAAAUUUUAA